CGCGAGACAGCUCGACGCCCUCAGGAGAGCCCGUCGGCUCGGACGAUCCACGCGUAUUGCGCGCGGGUCAAUCGCGAAGCGCGGAGUGAAUCCCCGCAGGCCAGCCGGCAACCUCCGGGCGGAAUUUCACCGAGAGCUGGGAAUUCCGUGAGAGAUGGGGGGGUGCUGCUCGGUGCAGCGGGAGGCGUCGGGCGACGGCUUCUCCGAGGCUGACCGCCUGAAGCGGGUAGAUCUUUGCGCGAGGUCACUUGCACUGAAUGAGGGAAGGUUGAUCGUGUACGGCAUCCUCGGACGAGCCAACGCACGCAACAGGAACGGCAGGGUGUACCCGAAGCACCUCCUGCAGCGAGAGGCCUCGGUCUUCUACAGCGCGCACGUCCGCAUGUGCCGCGCGCUCGGCGAGCUUGACCAUCCCCCGCCAGCCUCCCCGACCUUUCGCUCGCUCAACCUGGCCAACGUGAGUCACCAGGUGCUCGACUACCACUGGCAGGGCGACGACCUCAUGGGCUACGUCGAGGUGCUCCCAACGCACGCGGGUACGAUGCUGAGGGACCUGUACGUCGCGGGAAACAGGCUGGGAAUGUCCUCGCGCGGGUGGGCCACGCUCUCCGAGAAGGACGGGUACGUCUACAUCCAGGAGGACUUUGAGCUCAUCACCUUCGACUUUGUGUCCGAUCCAUCCACGGACGGCGCGUACCUCCGGCCGGUGCAGCGCAAGUUCGAGGGGCUUAAGAAACAAAUCGACAUCAAGGCGGCGUACGACUCUUUCAUGGCGCAGUGCGCCGGCAAGGCGAUCAUCAAGGCCACGGCGCCCGCAAUGCCCGUCAUGCGAACGGGGGGGGUCGCCGGCGCCGCGCCGGAUGCGAGCCUCGCGCCGACGCUCGUGGCGUGCGAGCGGAACGGCGAGACGAGCGCGAUGGACAUGCACACGAACGGGCCGGGCGUGGUACCCGUCGUGGAGGUUCCCGCGGAGAAGACGAAGGGGGGGAAGAAGAAGGCAAAGGGGAGCCCGGUGCGGGAGCGGCAGCGCGAGGGGAACGACGGCGAGCGGGAUAGGACGCUGUGGCAGAGGUUCUGGUACGGCGGCCCGCGGCGGUGGGGCAAGGUCGUGCCGAGCCCGGCGACGACCAGUCUGAAGUACCAGUGGGACAUCGUGCAGCAGAUGCGGAUGGACCCCAAGCUGGGACCGGUGAUCACCUCGCCUCGAACCCGUUCCAAACCGAAGAUCAUCGCCGCGCCGUUCUGAUGAGCGUAGAGCGGCGAGGCGUAGCGGAUAUUAGCACACGCGCGGGACAGACCCGCGCGCAUAGCACGAGCGUCGAUCGACGCACCACGCGCGAGCGCGGCGGUGAUCGACGGCGAGACACUAGGAAUCGGGUGUUGUAACGCGAGCCGACUACUAUUACAGUUU